GAACUCUCCAUCCGUCAACAGAGCAAAGCUUGAGAUCUGCUCUCGCACUACUUCUCUUUAUCUCAGCUUGAAAGAAUGGAGACCUUCCUAUUCACUUCUGAGUCUGUAAAUGAGGGCCAUCCCGACAAGUUGUGUGACCAGAUCUCUGAUGCAGUGCUUGAUGCUUGCCUUGCUCAGGACCCUGACAGCAAGGUUGCCUGUGAAACAUGCACCAAGACCAACAUGGUUAUGGUGUUUGGAGAGAUUACCACCAAGGCCGAUAUAGACUAUGAGAAGAUUGUCCGUGACACAUGCCGCACCAUUGGAUUUGUCUCUGAUGAUGUGGGUCUUGAUGCUGAUAACUGCAAAGUCCUGGUCAACAUUGAGCAGCAGAGCCCUGAUAUUGCCCAGGGUGUUCACGGUCAUCUUACCAAGCGCCCAGAGGAAAUUGGUGCUGGUGACCAAGGCCACAUGUUUGGUUAUGCCACUGAUGAGACCCCUGAACUUAUGCCUCUGAGCCAUGUUCUUGCUACCAAGCUUGGUGCCCGCCUCACUGAGGUUAGGAAGAAUGGAACCUGUUCAUGGCUGAGGCCCGAUGGUAAGACUCAAGUCACUGUCGAGUACCACAAUGAGAAUGGUGCCAUGGUUCCCCUCCGUGUGCACACUGUUCUCAUCUCCACCCAGCAUGAUGAGACUGUCACCAAUGAUGAGAUUGCUGCUGAUCUCAAAGAGCACGUCAUCAAGCCUGUCAUUCCUGAGAAGUACCUUGAUGAGAAGACCAUCUUCCAUCUCAACCCAUCAGGCCGCUUUGUCAUUGGUGGCCCUCACGGUGAUGCUGGUCUCACUGGACGGAAAAUCAUCAUUGACACUUACGGUGGCUGGGGAGCCCAUGGUGGUGGUGCUUUCUCUGGCAAGGACCCUACCAAGGUGGACAGAAGUGGUGCCUACAUUGUCAGGCAGGCUGCCAAGAGCAUCGUAGCAAAUGGGCUUGCUCGCAGAUGCAUUGUGCAGGUCUCUUAUGCCAUUGGUGUUCCUGAGCCCUUGUCUGUCUUUGUUGAUUCCUAUGGAACUGGAAAGAUUCCUGACAAGGAGAUCCUCAAAAUUGUGAAGGAGAACUUCGACUUCAGGCCAGGAAUGAUUGCAAUUAACCUUGACCUCAAGAGGGGUGGCAAUGGCAGGUUUUUGAAGACGGCUGCCUAUGGGCAUUUUGGAAGGGAUGACCCAGACUUCACCUGGGAGGUUGUGAAGCCCCUCAAGUGGGAGAAGGCCUAAGCUUUUAAAGAUUGAUCAAACCCUGCCGUGCAAUGUACUAGACUUGUUGGGAACAGAUGAAUAAGGAAUCGCUCAUGAGUCUCAAAGGUUCUCAGCUGAAAAGAUUAUCUCAUAAGGUGUCCUUUUCUAUUUGAUGUGUUUCUUCCCUUUUUUUUUUUCUUUAAUUUCUUUCUUGUUCUUUUCUAAAUUUCAUUUUAAUGGUAUUUUGUUACCUUCAAAUAUGCCAAAAGAAAUAUGAGAAUUUUCUCAUAAUUGAUGGAAUUGGAUUGUACUAAGAAGUCUUUGAUGAAGAAAAUGUCAGCAUGGCUGUGACACAAUGUAGUAACAUGGUGUUUCUUAGCAGUUUGAGUUCC